UCUCUCUCUAGCCAUGUUGGGCGACGAGGAAGACCUAGGAAGAAGAUGACACCAAGCAACGCUCCAGGUAAUGUUUCAAAAGGAAAUAGGCAAGAACCAGGAAGUAAUAAGGGUGACGAGAAGAACGAUAAGAAAAGGGAAGGAUCGCCAGCACAAUCUACUCCUAAUCUGGAAGUUAUUUGUACUGAUGGAAAAACAGAUCCCAAGGAGAGGAAUACCCUAGAGGAAGAGGGGGGAGUCGAAGCUAAACAGAGGCAAAAUCCAUAUACCUUUGCAGAAGUUGUAGCGGGUAUUGCCGAUCAAGACACGAAUCUCCAAUUCAUUCCUGCAAUUGAGUGUGUUGUAUUUUGCAGGCAAAUCCUCCCUUGGAGCCUCAUAGGGAAGCCAAUUAAAAGAGACAAGGCAACUGCAAGAAAAACCAAGUAUGCUUUUGCUAGAAUUCAAAUAGAGGUCAAAGUUCAUCAGCACUUUCCAAAGGAUAUUGUUUUUAUUGAUGAUGAAGGGAGAGCCAUAACCCAGAAAAUUGAUUGCAUCUGUUCCAACUGCAAAAAACUAGGGCAUCUUCAAGAUAAUUGCAGAAAGAAGGAUACAAAGAAGCAGGAGGAUAAACAAAAAAGAGUGGUGUGGAGGCCAAAGGGAAAUAAGGAUGUUCAAAUAGAUGAUGAGGGGCCUGGAAAGACAGACCAACCCCAGAAAGAAAAGGGAACAGAAUCACCACCAGAUGAAGAAGGUUUCACAGUUGUAAGUGAGAAAAAAGUAUCUAAAAGGAUCCUUAUGAAUAUAGAGGAAGGGGACUUUAUGAGUAAGCUCCAAAAAUUGUUAGAGAAAGCCUCAUAUGAGGGGCAUUAUCCCUUCCUCAAAUGAUUGGUUGCUGGAAUAUAAGAGGGCUGAACAGCCCAAAUAAACAGGCUGGGAGGAAGUUAUCUUCUUCCUUAAUAAGAAUAAUUUUGAGUUGUUUGG